GCGAGUGAAAAUACGCUAAAAAAGUCGGCUCUUUUUAGGAGCGCGUAAUCGCGGCGACUGUUUCAGAAGAGAAAUGGAAUUUUCGAUUCCGACUAUUCAAAUCAGGUAGUUGACUAUGCAAACCAAACACAGAAAAAUGUUUGGCACGCGAAGGUGCUCAUUAUUUAUAAAAUGGCACGCUGAGUUUAAAAGGUUGCCGACCCCUGACAUAGAACAUGUUAUGUAGGGGAAUUCCCUUUUACUUGUUAUUCAUUGAUUUUAAUCGUAAUGGCUGAGUUUUUGAAUGGAUUCGAAGAGUCUGCUGGAUCUGAAAACUACAAUAAUAAAGUUUUACUUCAGAUUGGAGCACCUGGCCCAGCUACACUUCGUGACGUGGGAAAAAUAAUAAAGGAUGCCACAAUUCAACAUUUUGAUGAAACAAAUAUUCAUUGUGAAGAAGUUCUGCAAUACGGAUGUACAUCAGGAAAUUUUCAAUUCAAGGAAGAACUUGCUAAAUUUUUAUCAAGCAAUUAUAGGAAUCCUGUUCAUAGCAAAGAUUUGUUUGUCAACACUGGAUCAAGUCAAGGACUGCACAAUCUUUUAUCUGUAUAUUUUCAACCUGGUGAUAUCUUGUUCGUGGGAGAUCCAACCUACUGGACAUUACUAGACACAAUAUCCCAUACGUUUGAUUUCAAAAUUGUCGGAAUCAAACUGGAUGAAAAUGGGAUGGUUGUGGAUGACCUGGAAAAAUACCUAGAAGCUCACACAUUAAGACCUUCGACAGAUAGACAUCCAUUUCGAGCAGUUGCCUACGUCAUGCCAGUAUAUCAUAACCCGACUACAAUUUGUCUUUCAGAAGAUCGUUGUAGAAAGUUAAUCAAAUUAGCACGAAAAUAUGAACUUAUGGUGGUAACUGACGAUGUGUAUAACAUUCUUACGUAUUCUGCUCCAGACUCUAAGGAUCCCAAACUUGCAAAACCACCAACUAGAAUGUUUUAUCUUGAUAAUAAAUCGGAUCCUGAUUAUAAAGGAAAUGUCAUUUCCAUUGGUACCUUCUCAAAAAUCCUGUGUCCUGGAUUGCGUCUUGGUUGGUUCGAAAUCCCACAUCAUGUUCUUGAAAGAUUUAACAAAAUAUUAUUGAGCUUAAGUGGAAAUGGACGGAAUCCUUACACAAGUGCAAUUGUUACAGCAGGAUUGAAAUCUGGUUCUGUACAGCAACAUGUUACAAAACUGAGACAGUUUUAUGCAGAAAAGAUGAAGCACGUACAAGGUUUAAUAACAACUUCACUUCGUUCUUAUGGUGUGAAGUGUAGUUGUCCAGAUGGUGGAAUAUUUUUGUGGGUUGUGCUGCCAGAGGGAAAAUUGUCUCAAAGUGUAUUAGACUCAGCUAGCAAUGAACUCAGCUUUAUCACUGGAGAUAGGUGUUCAUUUUCCCACUCUCAUGGCGAUGGAAUGAGAAUAUGUAUUUCCUUUUAUGAACCAGAUGUGCUUUAUCCAGCUAUAGAAAAAUUGUGCAAUUAUAUCAAGAACAUGCUUAGCAGAAAAGAAUGAAAAUGCUCAAGCCAAUCAAAUGCAUGGAUGAUGAGACUCGCAACUCGCUACCGUACCCGAGUUAUCAAGACUCGUCAUUUUGAUUGCUGCAUUUACGGUUUAUAGAAUUAUAAUUACCGGUACUAUUUCUCUAGGUUUUUCAUAGUUUAUUUAUAUCGAAUCAUGAUACGAUUUUUAUUUCUUCAAUCAUAAAACUUGAUCGAGACAUCUAGACAAAAUUAUAUUCUUAAACGGGCAAAUGCAAGUCCUGCUGGGUUGCUGUUUGCGUUUUUCGUUAACUGGUGACAAGCUACUACGUAGUCAGUUACGACGCUGAUCGUCGGGUGCAGGAUAACUCUCAGACGUGAUUACGCGUCAAAUGACAACAAGACGCAGACACCAUCAUCGAGUCCAUGCUUACGAAAACAGAUAACUGGCUAACUAAUCUCAUAACCGACCUGGACGAGAGCCAGUGAUUCGCCAUAUCAUUAAGCCGUCUUAUCGGCUUUCCUCUCCCCUAGGAUAAAUAUAGUAGUCCUAUCCAGUGACGAUUAGAUGUCGGUCCUCAGUAGGCGGAUGACUUGCCUGUUUGCUUACUUUGACGAUGUUUACUUAGUGCAGAAUGACAUAAUUUGUUCGUAGAUAUUGUAUCAAUUCACGAGAUUGAUCUUGAUUUAUUCGAAAAAUCAUGUGUCUCAAUAUUUUCUUAAUCAAUUUUUCCGUAUUUCAAAAAUAUGUCUGAAUAUUUUUUUUUAAUUUUCCAUGACGUGUUCACAAUUUAUUUCUGAAUUGCCUAAGAUUUUGUUUGUGGAUCAUUCUGGCUUGAUGUCAGUUUCCGAGUCUACGUUUACUUAUGCAGCAGCAAUGACGAGCGUGGAACCCGGCUUCUGAAAACUUGGGACGUCAUGGUCAAUGGAAGUUUUUUUGGUUGUUUCGAAGUUCAGGACCACUAUCCAUGUUCAGUUAUGUCCCAGGAAUGGAAGUGCCUAGAACUCGUGGUUUUGUGGCUUAUUCUGUUUCGCAAUGCCCUGAAUUCAGGCUAACCAAUUUAGACGAGUGAACUAAUGUUUCCACUACAGUUGACAGAACGCUAUUUUCUCAUCUUCGGAAUUGUUGAAUGAUCCAUGUGUCCCGUUGUAAUCGGUCCAACUAAUAUGAACACCC